GAAUUUGCCCCGCCGCCGCGCCGCCUAGCCUAUGCCUAGCGCACGAUUUGCUGUGCUGUAGAUGUCCCUCCUCUCUGGAUCGUCAUGGCUUAUGACUAUUCUGCAACUGAUCCGCUGCUUUCUCACUCUGGAAACACUCCGGAGAAACCCGUCUGUGGCCCAGCUCCUGGGCACGGAGGCUACGGAUCUGUGGGUGGAGACUUCCCGUACCACCUGACGGCCCAAACCACCACGGCUGGUCCCUACCACGGAAUACACCCCCCACAGACGGCUGGAUCGGCAGCCUCAUCGAUUGCUCACGACCAGCACCAAGGAGGGGAGCAGCACCAGUGGGGCACUGGUUGGAACCCAAAUGGUCCAGGCCCUGAUUCUUACUCGUACCCUGCAGACAGCCGGCCAAGACCAGGGCCUAUUCCUCCUCAGAGCCUUCAUGCAGAGAAUUCAUCAGCACUUCCUCCUGUACCACCAGCCCAUCCCCCUAGCCAAAUUCAACAUCCUCGUCCAACUGGAUAUCCAGUUAAUCAACAUCAGCCUCAACAAUUUGUCCAGCGACAACAACCAGCUCACCCUCAACCAUUCGUCCAGGCACAGCCACCAGUGUACAACCCCACUGUCCAUCACCAUGUGGCCAUGGUACGUACCACUCACUGUGGUUUUAAGGGUGUAUCAUUAAUUGCC